GGUUGUUUCCACUGCUGGAGAAAUGGGUUUUACACCACAAAUAAACUGGAGGUGAAUCAGAUGGAAGACGUCGGAGUGAAGAGCGGACGAGGUGGAAAAAGGGAAGUUGUAAAUGUCCAGAUCCAGCGCUCCUCCUCUCCCUCUCCCGCCUCUUUGCCUUCCGCCUGGCAAGGCUUUGGAAGGAAGGUGAGAUUGCUGCUGCCGUAUGUGUGGCCCAAAGGCACUACAGCGCUGCAGGGACUAGUGCUGCUGUGUGUGGGCCUGCUGGCAGCAGAGCGGCUGGUUAACGUGCUGGUGCCUGUUUACUCCAAAAACAUUGUGAAUGAGCUUUCUGCAGGAGGCGGCUGGACUUCGCUGAUUGCCACCGUCUGCAUCUACACACUGCUGAAGUUCCUACAAGGAGGAGGGGCAGGUACCUCUGGUUUCAUCAGCAACCUUCGUCAGUUUCUGUGGAUCAAAGUUCAGCAGUUCACCAGCAGAGGCAUUCAGGUGCGUUUGUUUUCCCACCUGCACGGUUUGUCUCUGCGCUGGCACCUGGAGAGACGCACCGGGGACGUGCUGAGGAGCGUCGACCGAGGCACCUCCUCCAUCAACAACCUGUUGAGCUACAUCCUGUUCAGUAUCCUCCCUACCAUCUGUGACAUCAUCAUUGCCAUCAUCUACUUCAUCUCCUACUUCAGUGUCUGGUUUGGACUGAUAGUUUUCACCUGCAUGGUGCUCUACCUCACAUGCACUGUCCUGAUCACAGAGUGGAGGACGAAAUACAGGAGAGAAAUGAACAAUCAAGACAACAAUGCCAAGUCCAGAGCUGUGGACUCGCUGCUCAACUUUGAGACGGUCAAAUAUUACAACGCUGAGGAUUACGAGGUCAGCUGCUUUGAGGAAGCCAUUCUGAAAUAUCAACAGUGUGAGUGGAAGAGCUCAGCAUCGCUCGCUCUGUUGAAUCAAACCCAGAACAUCAUCAUAGGAUCAGGACUGCUGGCUGGAUCUCUGCUCUGUGCCUACCUGGUCUCUGAGGGGCAAUUCCAGGUUGGAGAUUAUGUUCUGUUUGGAACCUACAUCAUUCAGCUGUACACCCCUCUGAACUGGUUUGGUACCUACUACAGGCUGAUUCAGAGUGCAUUUGUUGACAUGGAGAACAUGCUGGCACUGUUGACAGAGCAGAAAGAGAUAAAAGAUAUUUCCCCUCAGGCAUUGACUUGCCAGCUCACAGCAGGUCAAGUGGAGUUUGACAAAGUCUGUUUCAGCUACGUACCUGGCACUGAGGUUCUCAGAGAUGUGACCUUCACGGUGGAAGCGGGGCAGACAGUCGCUCUGGUUGGACCAUCUGGGUCAGGGAAAAGCUCCAUCCUGCGUCUCUUGUUCAGAUUCUAUGACCCUCAGAGUGGCUGCAUCCGCAUAGAUGGACAGGACAUCUCCAAGGUGCAUCAGUCCUCUCUAAGGUCGUACAUCGGCGUGGUUCCCCAAGAUACAGUACUUUUCAACAACACCAUCGGCAACAACAUCCGCUACAGCCGAGUCACAGCUACCAACCAGGAGGUGGAGGGAGCUGCCAUGGCGGCUGACAUACACAACAGGAUUAUGGAGCUACCUCAGGGUUAUGACACGGAGGUGGGGGAGCGAGGGCUGAAGCUCAGUGGUGGGGAGAAGCAGAGAGUGGCGAUCGCUCGAACCAUCCUCAAAGAACCUCGGAUCAUUCUGCUGGAUGAGGCCACUUCUUCACUGGACACCCAAACGGAGAGGAACAUCCAGGCUUCACUUGCCAAGAUCUGCACCAACAGGACAACCAUAGUGGUCGCACACAGGUUAUCCACUAUCGUUGGAGCAGACCAGAUCCUGGUGGUUCACAAUGGACAGAUAGCAGAGAGAGGAAGACAUGAGGAGCUGCUGAUCCAGGGAGGUCUGUAUGCAGCCAUGUGGAUGAAACAGCAAAAAAAUUCUCAAGACACCAGCAGAAACACAGAUCAACAGUCAGACUCAAGAAACUUGACAUAGAACUGAGUGUGAUUUUUUUUUUUUUAACUUAUUAUAUUAUAAUAAUUAUUAAUAUAAUCUUAUUAUAUUCUCAUGCAUCUGCCACUCUGGCUAAAGUAAAAUCUGGAGAAACAUGACAAUGGCAUUUUAAAACCAGCUGCAUAACAAAAUUUCACUGAGGCUGAGUGGCAGCAGGAAUGGCUACAGUAGAAACAGUUACAUAACAUUUUGAAGCUGUCACGACCCCAAUCUGUCAACUAUCUCCUAAGAAUUAUGGUGUACUUUGUAUUCAGCAAUCUUUAAUUUUAGUUGCUUGACCUUACUUAGCUAACACACAUAGAGGUGAGUAACAGUGGAAUUUUGCAGAAAUGUUCUGGGAAGAGCAUAGACUUAGCAUAAUUGAUGUCAAUCAGUAUCAAUCAGAUCCAUUAUGUAGUUUUUUCCAAUAUAAGUAAAAACUGUGUGAGUUAUAUGCCAGUAUUCAGCUAAGGCCUCUUGUAUAUAAAUGUAGCUACAGUUGUGGAAAAAUAACUAAAAUUGAAGCUGCUGCAAACAGCUAACAACCAUGGUAGUAAUGCUGCAAAUAAGGAUAGGAACUAUAUGUCAAGGUGAAAGUUCCUCUGCAGCAGAAGACACUAACAAUGGCCAGAUAGUCUGUUAAGAUUUCACCUGAGUCAUUAAAAGCAGAGGCGAUUAUGUUACUGUGAUUGUUUUGGUAAAAACAUCCUGGAUGGGCUGAAAGUACCAGUGUCAAAGGUUACUGUUUAGGGUAAAACUAUAUCAGCAGCCUGAGGGCCAGAAAGAGAAAGACAGAUGGAGACAAUGUUUCAGCGAGAAUUGUGUCUC